AUGCGUGUCGAUCCGUUACGGCACCCCGAGGCCCUUAUGGGCGUCAUGGCCAGAUUCUUCAACAACUUACGGGAUACUUACGGCUUUCCUGCAGCGGACGACUGCGGCGGCCGUUUGUCUUUUGAUAUAUUGUUGGAUGGAUCGUCUCAUGAUAGAUGUCUGACAGUGUUCAAGCUUAGUGGGACCUUUGGUUCUUUGCUCCGUCAGACUGACAAUCCGACUCAAGUCCUAUUGACGAUAAGAACAUGGGCGGUAUGGGGCAAGGACAAGAGGCUGACUAUCGCCCUCCCGAUCCUUUACGUUGUGUGUAUGGCAGGUGUGCUCACAUCGUUGAGGCUCUUCCUUCCUACAGUCGGUUUCAUCCCGCCUCCACGCGAUGCUGGUGCCCAGUCCGCGGGGUGCUUUAAUACCGGGCAAGCCCUGUUUUGUUUGCUGCUUAAAACUACUCGUCUUGGACAUCGAAAACUGGCGAAUGCUGUAUUUCUUAACGGAACCUUUUACUACCUCUACCUCUUUGUUAUGUCCGCUAUCAACGUUGUGCUGAUAUAUCCAUACGGCUACCACAAUCUGCUUUCGACCCUCAUCUCUUCUCAAUACAUAGCAUUCCCUACCUCCUCUUCUUCUCGCUCUCCUACACACCCGUCCCCGUCACCGUCUGCGCUAGAACAAGCCCGGAUCAAUAUGUGGCUCAAACAAUGCCCUUCGUUGCGGAGUGACCUCCUUUUUUCUGGUGCGAGCUGGCAGAAACCGUGGGAUGUGGGUGAGGGUGAUGAUGAAGCUGAGGAGGGCGUUUCGGAGGAUGGGAUUCCGUGGAGUGCUGUUGGUCGUUUUCUUGGUUUAUUCUAUCUCGUCUACCGUUCGCGUCGGUUGGAUCGGCUGCUUAUCUUGUUUGGGACUCCAGCGCUCUUCAUCCAAGCAUACGAAGCCACCAUCAUUCGUGGGCCGCAUGCCAAAGCUCUUGCGAGAUCCUUGGAAGUCGUCCAAUACGAUUUCGAGUCGGAUAACCCUCUCUCAACUCAGAAGAAGGCUGUCGUUGGGGAGGCUCUUGUAAGAUGGGGUGGUUUGCACCCGGUGGUCGCUGCGUUCCCGGAGGAUGAAGAUGAGGACUACGGUUUGAUUCGUGAUGGUAUUGCCAAUUCACCAGUACUACCGGAGGAGGAGGAACCUGCAAUUUGGGUGGACCGAUACGACGUCCGACUCCUCUUAGAUGUCCUCCCUCCCCCAACAUCAUCUUCCAUACCACCCGCUGCCCCGGAGUCACCUAUAGGCUGGUUAGACCUCCCUUCAGAUUCAGAAGACAUGUUCUUCUUCUCUCCCGACGAAGCGGACGAUUUCCGCCAGGAGAAGAGGCGGAAGAUGCUGCGAACCACCAUGGGGAAGAAGAAGACGUGUGGGGUGGGACCGACGAAGAGCCGGACCAAAGCCAAAAAGAACUAA